AUGAGGUGGCAUCAAAUCCCUGGCCUCCUCUGUUUCCUUUUCUUCCUACACUCAUCCCAUCCCUUGGCAUCACCUCUUUGCCCUCGUGAUCAGAGCGAUGCCUUGCUCCAAUUUAAGGAUUCCUUCAUGCUUGACAAGGACGCUUCCAGCUUUACUUGUGAUGAUGAUGAAGAUGUGGACACCUCUUAUCCAAAGACAAACUCAUGGAACAAGAGCAUGGACUGCUGCUCGUGGGAUGGUAUCAAUUGCGAUAAGAUCACUGGUAACAUUAUCGGUAUGGAUCUUAGUUGCAGUUGGCUUAGUGGCGCUCUCCAUUCCAAUAGCUCCCUCUUUCUCCUUCGCCAUCUUCAAAGCCUCAACCUUUUUGGUAACGACUUUGUUGGCUCACAUAUUUCGCCUAAUCUAAGUACAUUUGUUAAAAUGACUCAUCUGAAUCUCUCUUUUUCAAACUUUUUGGGAACCGUUCCUAGUGAAAUCUCUCACCUCUCCAAGCUCGUGUCACUCGAUCUCUCUAGGAAUUUUGAUUUGGACAUCAACUCUUAUCUCAGGUUGGAAAAUUCAAUCUUCACAAAGCUUGUUCAGAAUCUAACCGAUUUGACACAGCUUAAUCUUGAUAAAUUAGACAUGUCAAUGGUUUCACCAAUGUCUUUUAUGAAUUUGUCUUCUUCUUUGACACAUUUAAGCAUUUCUUCUUGUACUAUUAGGGGGAUAUUUCCAGAUACUAUUUUUCGAUCUCCGAGCCUUCUUACUCUUGAUAUAAGUAGCAAUGCCCACAUGUCUGGGAUUCUUCCCAAAUCCAAUUGGACUGGUCCUCUUAUGUUCUUGUAUCUCGCGUAUACGAACUUUUCAGGAGAAAUACCCGAUUCAAUUGGUAACAAAAAGAGUUUGAUGGUUUUAGAUCUUCAAGAGUGCAAAUUCACAGGACAUAUCCCAUCAUCAAUAGCAGAUCUCAAGCAACUCCAAAUUUUGAUGCUUGCUGGGAAUAACUUUAGUGGAAGAUUACCAAUCCCUUCACCUUCUACUUCUUACUUUAAUGCCGCCGACAAUGGCUUCACUGGUGAGAUUCCCUCGUCAAUUUGCCAGUUGCAAUCACUCCAAGAUUUACUUUUGCAAAACAAUAGUCUCUUUGGGAAUAUGCCACCAUGUUUUGGUAAUAUGACCAAUCUCUCGUACCUAGACUUGAGCGAAAAUAAAUUCCAAGGGCCACUUCUGAUCCCUGUGCCUUCUACUUCUCACUUUUUUGCCUACCAUAAUGGUUUCAUUGGUGAGAUCCCCUCCUCGAUUUGCCAAUUGAGUUCACUCCAACAAUUAGAUUUGUCUAACAAUAGUCUCUCCGGGAAUUUGCCACCAUGUUUUCAUAAUAUAACCAAUCUCUCGAACCUCGACUUGAGCAAAAAUAAAUUCCAAGGGCCACUCCUCUUUCCACCUUCUACUUCUUAUUUUUAUGCCUCCCACAAUGGUUUCACCGGUGAGAUCCCCUCUUCAAUUUGCCAAUUGAGUUCACUCUAUGAGUUAAGUCUAUCUAACAAUAGUCUCUCUGGGAAUAUGCCACCAUGUUUUGGUAAUAUGACCAAUCUCUUGUUGCUAGACUUGAGAAGCAAUAAUUUUAUAGGACGGUGGCCCAUGGAGGUUUUCUCAAAGACCAAAUUACUUGUAGUAGAUUUGUCUAACAACAAGUUUGGAGGGCCAAUUCCACUACCAUGUUGCAACACAUUCUAUUAUUCCAUUGCAAAUAAUGAUAUAACUGGAAAGAUCCCUUCUUUGAUAUGCAAUGCCACCGAGCUUGAGAUCAUCGACUUGUCUAACAACGGCUUAACAGGUAGCUUGCCUCGGUGCUUAACAAAUUUUAGCACCGAUCUAUCAGUUUUAAAGUUGCAAAUGAAUCGCCUUUGGGGCACAAUUCCUCAAUCGUUUUAUUGGAGAAAUAGCUUGAUGACUCUUGACUUGAGUCGAAAUCGAUUUGAAGGCACAUUGCCUAGGUCCCUUGUGAAAUGUAAAUAUCUCGAGGUUUUGGAUCUUAGUGACAAUCGGAUAGAGGAUACAUUCCCAAAAUGGUUGGGAACACUCCCAGAACUGAAAGUUCUCAUUUUGAGGUCCAAUAAUUUUAAGGGUCAUUUGAAUAUUCCUAGGGGACAUCACCUCUUUCCCAAUUUACACAUUUUGGACCUAUCCAAAAACAACUUUCAUGGUCCUUUGCCAGCCAACCUGUUGAACCUCAAAGCCAUGAUGAAUGACAAAAAUGGGCAAGACAAACCAUUGUAUAUGACACGGUACAUUCGAAAGUUAUCAUAUGAAAAUUCUGUGACCGUGACCAUGAAAGGGCAUGAGAUUGAGCUAGUGAAGAUCUUAACCGUCUUCACAACCAUUGACUUGUCGCACAAUUCUUUCCAAGGAAACAUUCCCAAAGUCUUUGGACAUCUUCACUGUCUCAUAGGGCUCAACCUUUCGCACAACCACCUUACAGGUUCCAUCCCUCCAACUCUGGGGAACUUGACUGAUCUUGAAUGGCUUGACCUUUCUUCAAACAAGCUUAGUGGGGAAAUUCCUAGAGUACUAGGAGAUUUGGCAUCUCUUGGAUACUUGAACCUCUCGAAGAACCAACUCAUUGGUCGAAUUCCGCAAGACAAGCAAUUGAGCACAUUUUCAAGCGAAUCAGUUAGUGGGAAUCUAGGCUUAUGUGGAACUCCAUUGCCAAAAGCAUGGCCUAGCAAUGCUCGACCUCCUCCACCAUCGUCCUCGUCAACUUUUAACUUUGAAGGGCAUGGGAGUUGGUUUGAACAGAAAGCAAUGGCGAUAGGUUAUGCAUCUGGAAUUGUAAUUGGAAUCUCCAUAAUAUACAUUGCAUUGGAAAUGGGAAGGCCCAAAUGGCUCGCGCGAGGUGUGAGAAUACUGGAAAGAAGAGCAACCAAGUGGAUGGAGAAGCCGAAGCGGAAGGCGAACAAAUUUCAUGGACAAUGA